AUGCCACCAGACCACAGAAGUGAUCCCACAGCUGCCACCAGUGACUACCCCUGCAGGAUUAUAAAGGAGACUCAGCGUUUGCUGGCCGAACCCGUUCCUGGAAUAAAGGCAGAGCCUGAUGAGGCGAAUGCACGCUACUUCCAUGUGGUGAUUUCAGGACCCCAGGACUCCCCUUUCGAAGGAGGCACCUUUAAACUUGAACUCUUUCUGCCAGAAGAAUAUCCCAUGGCAGCUCCCAAAGUGCGAUUCAUGACCAAAAUCUACCAUCCCAAUGUGGACAAGCUGGGUAGGAUAUGCCUAGACAUCUUGAAAGAUAAGUGGUCCCCAGCCUUGCAGAUCCGCACAGUGCUGCUAUCAAUCCAAGCAUUAUUAAGCGCUCCUAACCCUGAUGACCCACUUGCAAACGAUGUUGCAGAGCAGUGGAAAUCAAACGAAGCCCAAGCCAUUGAGACAGCUCGGACAUGGACCAGGCUUUACGCGGGAAACAGCAUUGAGGUAUAGAAGAAAGCAGACGGGCGCUGGAUGUAAACACAACCAAGAUGAUCUCCUUUAUUUGCAUUUAAAGGACACAGUCUUAGACAAAAAACAAGAUAAAAGCAAGCAAAAAAACAGUAAAGAAUAUAUUUAAAAGAAAACGAGACUACUGCAGACCUCUGGUGAUUUUAUGACACAUAGCAAUGUGUUUUGUCUUUGUCCCUGCUCACCGCUCGAAUGCAUGGACAGAGGCUGAUGCCCAACCACAGCUUUCUGUUUCUCCACUGGGGGGUGAGCGACAAGUCUCGGCCCACCACCGAGGGGUUGCAAACACAGGAAAUCGCCCUGGACCCACAGUCAUAGAACGGGUCAGUUUAGUCAAAGGUCAAUAAACUGGGGAGUUGGUGACACAGCCACCAGGUACCCACCCAUUUGAGAAAUGUCCACUUGAGGUUAUGCCGCCUAGCCCCUUGUUGAAUUUAGCGUAACCUUUG